CCCCUGGCACCCCAUAAGAUUGGGUCCCUAAUCCAUGAACUAUUGGAACUCAUGUAUAAAAACUUUUCUUAAACAUUAUACGAAUAUAUUGUCUCAUCCUAUAGCAUUAGAAUUUAGAGUCCCGAUUCCUUGGAGCGGGAAUGUCUCUUAAUUGAAACCAUCUUGAGAUGGGGGGGUUUCCUCAAAAAGGAUUUGAUCACAAAACAAAAAUCCGAUUUAAAUAAAAAAACCACCCCAGGUGUUUGGCUUGUUUUAAACAAAUCAUUGAUUGUUCCCCAUCCUGCCCUACGACACCCCUCCCCCAGCUCGGACCCCUGCACUUCCCGCCUUGCUGCGCCGCGCCGCGCCGGAACCCGGCCCGGGCUCGCGAGUGAGUUUCGAUUCCCCUCUUUUCUCCCCCGCCGCCCGCGCGCCGCCCUGGCGCGCCCGAGCUCCGCCCCCGCCGGCCCCACCCCGCGCGGCAUAUCUGCAGCCCCCCGCUCCGGAGCGGGCAGAGCCCGCGGCGCGCCAUGGAUCCCAGCGUGAGCAUCGACCUGCAGCCCCGCGACGGCGGCAAGAUGCGGCAGGAGGGCUCGGCUGGCCCGUACUCCACCUACCCCUACAGCGGCCUCGGGCAGAGCAUCGCCGGGCAGAGCAUCGCCGGGCAGGAGCCGCCCCGCGACUUCGUGCUCUGGUCCCUCUUCAACACCAUCUUCUGCAACGUCUGCUGCCUCGGCUUCAUGGCGCUGGUCUUCUCCUUCAAGGCCAGAGAUCGUAAAGUUCUGGGUGACGCCAAUGGAGCAGGAAGCUAUGGCAAGACUGCCAAGUGCCUGAACAUCACGGUCCUCGUAUUGAGCCUCUUGACAGUGAUUCUGAUCAUCGUCCUCGUGGCAACAGGAGCUGUGCCCUUCUCGCAUACAGUUCAACAUGGGAACCAAAACAGGAACAGCUACGGCAUUAACUACGGCAACUAAACCACCCCUCAGGAUUCUCCCCAGCUGGAUGACUUCUCCCCAAGUUCCCUUACUCUGUUCUGCUUGCCUUUGUCCUGCUGUUUAAAUUGUCAAGGGCUGGAGUGCUCAGUUACUGAGUGGAUGAAGGGGCAGCGCUCUCCUGAUGCUCCAGUUGUUCUGGAGGGGUCACUAUAGUGACGGUGGGGGGAAGUUUUCUCACAUCGCUCUGUUUUCCCCAUCCCAAAAGCAGACUGCGUGGCUUUCAAAGCCCUCCGAGAUCCUGCAGUUUUUGGGGAGGGUCAAUGUUGUUCGUCUUGUGAUUAUUCAGAAUUUUAUCUUUAGAGAAUUAUUUUUGUGGAGCUCUUCUUGGCAGAAAUGUGCAGAGACUAUUUUCAAAUAAACGUUUUUUUCCCUCUUGUAAA